UGUGGUUGGGCUCAUGAAAAGAUGGCCAACUUUUUCAUCCGAUUAAGGGGUUUCCCGACAGUUUAUCUCCCUUAAAUUUGGUACCAGUAUGUCCAACGUUUCCAGCCGAGUGAUUUCGUAUCCAUUUGACGUGGCUCGAUCGAACAUCAGUUCUUGAAAAAUGCAAUUUUUUGUGUCGGGUGGGCUGAAAAUGGCGCCCGUCGGGUUCUGUUAAAACGAAAGGGACCAUCGACGUGUGUGUGUGUGUGUGUGUGUGUCUCGUCUCGUCUCGGUGUGUAUAUAUGUGCUGUGGGAAAUUUUGUGCGCCAGGACUUCUUGCAGUAAAUUCUCGUCCCGUGCCAAGGCCAUGAGGGAGCGAGGCGAGCCGGACCCUUGGCCAACCAGUCAGGCCGUCUGGCAGGAAUGGCUGAUUGAAGCCAUUGGCAAAAUCAAAGGCCAAAAACAAAGACCUUCUACCGAAAGAAUUUGCCAUGCUGUCCGUCAAACGCACACCAAAAGCACGGGACCCAUUCUACGUGACGAAGUGAUUGUUGCUCGGCUUAAUCAGGCAGUUGCAGAUGCCAAAAUCCUCAAAGUCUGUAACAAAGGACAGACCUCAUACAAGGAGCCAGGCCAUCACACAAGACAAUUGGCACUUAAUAAGAACACCGAUUUAACCAAGGUGUUGAUUAAGAGUCUUCGUGAGCUGGCCGAAUCUGGUGGAUCUACUUUGCCCACCAUUGAAAAAUAUGUUCGCCAAUCGUUUGCCGGAGCGACUGAUGUCAAUUUGUCGAAAUUGCUGCGUCUGGCCGCUCAUAAAGCCGUCGCUAAAGGUAUGUUAGCUCAAGAUGGCCACUAUUACACGGUCGCAGUACGCAAAGACGCAGAGACUCCACGUAAGAAGCGCCGGUCUUCUUUUGCUUCGUCGACACCAGUCCCUCCCGGUGGUGACUCAGAUUUCUCAGAUGGUGAUUCUGGCCACCCACUCGAUGACGAUGAAGAACCCGACGACUUGCACAAUCGUACACACAGUUCUAUGCAGUCGACGACGCUAUUCUGUUCGGAAUGUCUUGGUACCAGCGAGAAGAACAGCCAGGGUGAGCAUGAAGCACUCAUUUCGUGCUCCGAGUGCGGAUCAUCGGUUCAUCCAUCCUGCUUGAAACGAGCCGGUACGUCAACACUGAAAGAAGACGAUGACUGGCUCUGUUCGGAAUGCAAGAGCUGCAACAUUUGUGGAGAACGGGCCGAAAUUGAUCCUCUUCUCAUCUGCAAUGUCUGCGAGCAAGGAUUCCACGCUCAUUGUGUUGACCCGCCUGUGGAAAAGCGACCCAAGACUUGGUCGUGUUCCAAUUGUGCCGCUCGAAGAAAGAGCAAACAAGGAACCAAAUCCAGUGAUGUUUCUUUGAAGAAGGGUCGAAAACGGGUUGACAGCAGUUCUUCCGAAGAAGCUGCUGACGAUGAAGAAACUGAGGAAGUGGAGAAGAUUGCUCCACCGCCUGGUGUCACGGUUCGAGAUGUUGAAUUGUUUAAAAAGGUUCAGCAGACAACUUCAGAGGCUCUCAAAAUCAGCAGCGUUGGAACUAAUGAUUCUAGUCUGGGUGCAGCAGCUCGAUGUCCAGCUUCUAUUCAAUUUGGGAAAUACGACAUACAGACAUGGUACUCGUCGCCUUACCCUCAGGAAUAUGCCAGGUUAUCGAAAUUGUUCCUGUGCGAGUUUUGCCUCAAAUACAUGAAGAGUCGCUCCAUCCUGGAUCGGCACAUGACCAAGUGCUUUUGGCGUCACCCACCGGCCACUGAAAUUUACCGCAAAGACAACCUGUCUGUCUUUGAAGUGGAUGGCAACGUCAAUAAGAUCUAUUGUCAGAACCUCUGCUUGUUGGCCAAGCUCUUUCUCGAUCACAAGACGCUGUACUACGACGUGGAGCCUUUCCUCUUCUAUGUUUUGACCGUUAACGACCGCAAAGGAUGUCAUCUCAUUGGAUACUUUUCAAAGGAGAAGCUCUGUCAACAAAAGUAUAACGUUUCGUGCAUUAUGACAAUGCCGCAAUACCAGCGACAGGGAUACGGCCGUUUCCUCAUCCAUUUCAGUUAUUUGCUGUCGAAACAAGAAGGGCAACCGGGCACACCGGAAAAACCUUUGUCUGAUUUGGGCAAAGUUAGUUAUCACGCCUACUGGAAAUCAAUUUGUCUGGAUUAUCUCCACGCUAGACGAUCGGACGGAUCAAUGUGUCUACAAAAGAUGAGCCAGGAUACUGGAUUGACUCCGCUAGACAUAGCUGAAACUCUGCAGCGGAUGGAAAUGCUCCGGAAAAAGCCAGACGGAAAGGUCGUUCUGUGUAUUGACUGGGCAAUGGUAAAAUCACACGCGGACCGAAUUGCUUCUAUGAAAUCGCGGCUGGAAUUGGAUCCAGAAGCGUUGCGAUGGUCACCUCUAGUUGGUAAUUCUGUUGUCGGGAGUGAUGAAGACCACAGCAUGAUGUCCGACACUGCUGCCGAGACGCCACAAGAAUCGGAAAACAUUGCCGAAGUCAAAAUCGAUUCGACCUCAGCUGUCAAGAAGCGCGGUCGCAAACCAGGCCGCAAACCGGUCAAGAAGAAGGUAGUUGAAAGAAAAACUCCUAAAGUUGAACCUCGACUAAGGGCUCGACCACAGCACGUUGAACCCACCACUCCGGUCGAAAUAGAGAAGAAAAAUGAACCCGUCAGCAACCGUCGCAAAGUUCUCGUCAUUGAAGAAGAUGAGAUCAGCAGCAACGAUUGGCUUCGACCGAGGAAGCGCCGUAAUGUUGAAGCUGCCGAACCCGUUGCAAUCAAGGUGGAACCGGCUUCUAAAAACAGUAAGGUCAGUGCGUCGAAAGCUGAAGAGCAUCGUCCAGAAGCGGUCAAGGGAAUAGCGUCUGUACCAUCACCGGCAUUAGUUGCUUCUCCUCUAGUGCCGCCACCCAUCAAGGGCAAACCUCGUGGAAGGCCAAGAAAGCGUGUCCGGUCUUUCGGAAAAGUUGUCGAUGAAACUAAUGCAAAUGUGGAGGAGACAUUCGAAGAAGAAUCAGCACCUCCUGCAUCUAAAAUUCCAUGUCAGGAGGCACGGGAUCCUGUGCCUAGUCCUGAGCCAAAAUCGGUAGAAGAAGAAGAGGAAAAAGAGAGUGUUGUGUCUCGACCAACAAGUCAGUUGAGUGAACCGGAAGAAAGCCAAAAAUCUGUUGAAUCUCCCGCUCCAUUGGCGGCCGACGAAGAGAUGCCGGAUGCGUCCAGUUGCUCUCCAUCUCCUGCGCCCGUCGAAGUUGAAGAUUCUCGUGUCACGCCAGUGUCUGAAAAAGAAAAAGAUUCUGAACACGCGUCGUCUCCAUCUCCGUCGGCAUCGUUCGUCGACAACAACCAACGGGCCAAUGACGAGCAAGAAGUUGACCAACGAGUGGAAAAUGUGGAAUUAGAUCAAGCGUCCAACUCGAACUCUCCUUCCCAGGAAGAGUUUGUCGAACGAAAGAAAAAGGAAACGUGUUCGUCGGAGCAGUCACCAGUGGCUCAACCACCGACAACAAGGACAGAGUCACCUCAAGAAGCUGAAGAGGAGCGACACGACAGUGAAAGGGAACCCAUAAAAGAACCUGAAAUCCAGUUUGAAAAAGAUGCUGAAGAAAAGAAAUCUGAAGUAGAACAGGAACGUGAGCCUGAGAAACAGCCGGAAGAGGAACCGGAAAAGGAAUCCGUCAGGGAACCGGAAAGGGCAGAGGCUGAAGAAGUGAAAGCUCCAGCGUUGAAUCCAUCUGUCGUACCUCAGCCGUUGGAGAAAAGAGAGGAAGUGGCCGAACAACGUUCACCACCAAACUACCCCGCUGCUGGACCAGUCAACGCUCCGACUACGCCGAGCUCCUGCCAACAAGUACCUCCUGUUACUGUGUCUGUCCCAAUGAUGAGCGGACGUAAUGGCUCGUCGUGCGCUCUGAUUAAUUCGCCAAGUCUUGGCGUCUACACACCUGAGUCAAGUACCGGAUCUGUUCAAUCGAUUCACGGUAUGACGGGAAACGAAGAAGGAGUUUCGGCCGGUUGUGUCGAGUCGCCACGUUCUUUGCCAAGCCACGAACCUCCACCCACUCCGACCCCACACGUGACUCAGUACAGCAGUGAUUGCAGUCAACAACAGUCGCAUCACCAACAACCACAGCAGCAGCACCUUCAGCAGCCAAUGGUUUCCCCCCAAUUACUUCAUCAGCAGCAAACCAUGCAGCAGCAGUUCCAUCAAUCCCAUCAACAUUUGCAUGGUCAACUUCUCCAACAGCAGCACCAACAGUUACAACAGCACCAACAACAGCAACAUCAGCAGCAGCAGCAACAACAACAACAGCAGCAGCAACAACAGCAACAACAACAGCAGCAGCAGCAGCAACAUCAACAGCAUCAGCAGCAGCAACAACAGCAGAGAACUCAUCACCGAAGUCGCUCACAUCCUCAUCAGCACAUGUCCUCCCCACAACAACUUCAACCACAGCAACCCAAACAGCAACAGCAUAUGGCUAUGCAUCAUGCACCGUCGCCACAGCCCCAACACCAUCACCAACAACAUCAGCAGCAACAACAACAACAUUUAAUCCAUCAACAGCAGCAGCAACAACAGCAGCAUCAACACCAACAGCAGCAGCAGCAACAACAACAACAACAGCAGCAGCAACAACAACAACAUACAAUGUUUCAGUCUGGAUUCUCUGCCAUGGGUGGCGGUUACGGAUUUCCGAGCCAUCUGCAUCCGUCGGCCGGAUACAUCAAUUCCAUUUCCGCCAUGCAUUCUCCUCAUGCCUCCAUGUCUAUGGGAUACGGCACCAAUCCUGGAGUUGUGCCACCAACGGCUGCUCCUUCUCCAGCCCCAUCUCCAGCUGCAAGUUCUUUCAUGCCGGUGCCACCGGUUCCAACAAUGCCAACCGUUAUCCAGCAGUCGGGAAAACAGCGUCGAUCCAGCUCAACACAUCGGUACACGCCGAUCGCUCCUGCGCCACCUUCUCAUACAAGCAACAGCGCUGUUGCUCCUUCUCCUUCGGUUACCACGCCAUCCACCGGAUAUUACAACCAACAUUCGGCGCCGACUCAGCCUCAGGUUCCCAUUGCUCGGCCAGCUUCACAGUACUUACCUCCUGCGCAAUCUCCCAGUCAUCCGGUACCAUCAACUGCGACAUCCUCCACCACAGCGACUGCGCCCUCUUGCAGUCUGGCCAAACUUCAGCAGUUGACCAACGGUUUGGCUGAUUCGGCCUCUCCUCAUCAUACCAUGACACCUCCACCCAAUCAAACUCCUCCUCCACCACCACCACCGUCGCAUCUCCACGGAUUGGGACAUGGCCGAGACCCUUACAGCUAUGGGGUAGUGCCGACUCCGCCACCAUCGGCCAUAUCUUCGCAGCAGAGUUAUGCUAAAUAUUAUCAAGGUUCUGUACCAUCGCCUAUUCCGGUCAGCUCAAGUCCGGUAGCUGGACUCAACACGCCAUCUGGUGUCAUCCAUUCCAGUAACAACGAACUGGCGUCCACUCAUAGUAGCGGCGGACACAAUCUAAACGUUUCUGGCCAUCCAGGACGUUCUUCUUCGUCUUCUUCGACAGCUGCAGCUUCUUCACCGUCUUCUACAACCGGCCGGAAUAGUAACAACACUAAUUUGCAGCAGCGGCAGGCCCCGGAUGCAGCGACGCAGCAACGCCAAGCUCAGAUUAUGCAACAAACGUAUUCCGCCAUGAACCUCAACGGAUACCGAAUGAGUAUGGCCGGUAUGGCUGGUAUGCCGGGCAUGCCUGGAAUGCCUGGUAUGGGUAUGCCUAGCAUGAGCAGCAUGAUGGCCGCCCAACAUCAGGCGCUCAACUCGGCUUCGUACAUUACAGCUAAUCCGGGAUUCAUGAACCAAAGUCAGUUGGGUGUAAUGAACAUGCAUGCUCACGCGGCCGCUGCUCAUGCUGCUCAGCAUCCUCACGCUUCGCCGCAUGGUCACUCUGCGGCCGCCCAAGCUGCUCAGUACCAACAGGUUGAUCAGCGUACUGGCACUCCGGCCGGCAUGACAUAUUCGACACCAUACGCUUACGGAAUCCCUCAACUCCCUCAACUCAACGGCACCAUGAGAAGGUAAACUGUACGGUCAACCCCGUCAUUCCCUCUGAUGUUUGAAUCCCAGGGCGCUUCAUCUUUCAUUGACGUUAAAAAAAAAAUCAUUGGUUCCCACCAUCUAAUUUAUAGUUUUAAAAAAGGACUUGUUUUGAUAAGUGAUUGCGUCCGUCCCCAUUGCUUAACACACAUUAAACUCCCCGUUCAUUAAUUGUAUAAGAAAAAAGAAAGAUCAUGCGUUUGAUUCAGUGCUCCGAAAAUUACAUUAUUGUCAUGUAUGAUGUAUUUUUUUCUUUUACAAAUCGAGAAAAAAUAACAAUAUUGUUGGCCCCCCGUUGCUUGUUUCAUUUUAAAAACCCCGAUUACAAAAAUUGGCUGCUGUAUCUUGUUCUCAUUCAAGAAAUCUGGUCGUGUACGCUCCGACUGCCUUAACUUUCUUCAAAAGACACUUUCUCUCUAGCUCUUUCUUACCGAAACCCUUUCAUCAAUAGUGAGUGUGCUGUAGCACUUGGAUUGUAUAUAAAUACAAUUUGUAAAUUUA